AUGCCGCACAUUGCAACAGCCAUGCACCGAAGUCUGCGGAGAGGCGUGGGAGAGAUAAUACUGAACAGCCUUGUGGGAAAGAGAACGAUCACAGGUGAGGUGGACAGUGUCAAGAAUACCUUUUCGAGUUGGGAUAAUUGCAUGGCAAAAGGCUAUUGCAAGUCAGUCUCCGAACGCAGUCUCUCCCCUUGA